AUGCGGGCGGUUAUACAGAGGGUGAAGGCCGCAAAAGUGACGGUGCUGGAUGAGCUGGUGUCCUCCAUUGGACCUGGUCUAUGCGUUCUGGUGGGGAUCAAGGCGAGCGACACGACCAAAGACGUUGAGUAUCUAGUCCGGAAAAUCUUGGCCCUCCGUUUAUUCGAGGAGGAGGGCAAGCGGUGGCAAAAGUGCGUAAAGGAUCUGAAUUUGGAGCUGCUGUGCGUCUCCCAGUUUACAUUGUAUCACCGCCUCAAGGGCAACAAGCCGGAUUUCUCGGCCGCCAUGAAGGGCGAAGAGGCUCAGCAGCUGUACAAUCACUUCCUGGAGCGUCUAAAUGAAUCCUACGAUAGCAGCAAGAUUAAAGAUGGAAAAUUCGGAGCCUACAUGCAGGUGCACAUAGAAAACGAUGGUCCCGUGACCAUCAAUCUGGAGAGUCCCGACCAGAAGCAGGGAAACGAGGAGGUGGACAAGUGAUGACCAAAUAAACUACAG